UCCUGACUCUUCAGUGUGCCAUGAAGGCAGCGCGGGGCUCCGCUGCCAUAUUGUUGUUGUGUUUUCGGGGCAGCGGCGGUGGGAGUUUCCAGUUGCGGUCGCUGUCUGCGGACUCAGCGGUCUCUGAGGGGGGGGAAAGGAGACGUUGCUUUACUGACGAUAUCUGGAAUACAACUACGCUUCAAGUCACUGUGAAAGUAACCGAGAGGAGCCUUCGGGUGAGGUGAAGAUGGUGGACCGGCUUGCGAACAGCGAGGCCAACUCUAAACGCAUCGCGGUGGUAGAGGGCUGCUUCGGCGCCGCCGGCCAGCCGCUCGUCAUUCCGGGCCGAGUGCUUAUCGGCGAGGGCGUGCUCACCAAACUCUGCCGCAAGAAGCCCAAGGCGCGGCAGUUCUUCCUCUUCAAUGACAUCCUGGUGUACGGCAACAUCGUGAUCCAGAAGAAGAAGUACAACAAGCAGCACAUCAUCCCGCUGGAGAGCGUCACCAUCGCCACAGUGCCAGAUGAGGGCGACCUGCGCAACGGCUGGAUCAUCAAGACGCCCACCAAGUCCUUCGCCGUGUACGCCGCCACCGCUACCGAGAAGUCCGAGUGGAUGAACCACAUCGGGAAGUGCGUGGGGGAUCUGCUGCAGAAGAGUGGCAAGGCUCCGACGGGCGAGCACGCCGCCGUCUGGGUGCCCGACUCGGAGGCCACGGUCUGCAUGCGCUGCCAGAAGGUGAAGUUCACGCCCGUCAGCCGCCGCCACCACUGCAGGAAGUGCGGCUACGUGGUGUGCGGCCCGUGCUCGGAUAAGAAGUACCUACUGCCCAGCCAGUCGUCCAAACCCGUGCGCGUGUGCGAGUUCUGCUUCGUGCAGCUGACGGCGGGAGGCCUCGAGCCGCGCUCGGACUCCAUCAGCCGGCUGGGGUCAAAGUUCAACAACCUGUCGGAUGACGACGACGACGACGACAGCAGCGACUGAGGAGACACACUUCCUCUGACGGAUGAUCCGAUCCCGAAACCAAAAUAUUUUAUUACCUUCCCCUCCGAGUCCAGCAGGGGGCAGUGAUUAAAGGCGGUGGAAUGAACCUGACUGUCCAUCUCUUCCACUCAUGACUCUCGAUUAGUCACUACAGAAAACAGUGGGGGGGCUUUUGCAUUAACUUCAUCUAAGGGAGGGGGCUUCUUUUCUCUGUUUUCUUUUAACUGUGCAUCCAGGAUGUAAUCUCUGCAGGGAAGCUGAAUGUUUGGGCUCUGAAUGUUUGGUGUCCCUUUUUUAUUCGUAACAAAAUGUAGAUCUCACGCUAAAGAGCUUUUCUAGUCGACUCUGAGGAAUAUUGUCUUCUAAUGUACGAGCUCGUCUCCCUGCAGGGGGGGGCUCCUUGUAUCAGGGCUGCUUCCUAACAGAGGCUUGGUGUUUUCCUGGAGAUCCUUUUUUUUAAUCAAUUUCUAAUUGUAGGUAUCACGCUGAGAGAGCUUGUGAUUAAACAAUGAAAUGUUGAAUUAUUUGGGGAGAAGUCUGACUUUUUAUCUUAUUACAACCAUAGUGCUGAUUAAGAACCCCUCCUCCUCCUCCUCCUCCUCCUCCUCCUCCUCCUCCUCCUCUAACGUUAAUCCAUCUUUUUUAAAUCGUACGUCCAUUACCCAACCUUCUGCAGGGAAAAGUGUGUUUUGUUCCCUGUCCUUUCUCUCAACAGGGCGGUUUUCUAAAUGUGUCGCUAUUUUUAUCAGUAACAACAUAUACUCUAAACCCAGAGCUUUUUCUAGUGGACCUGAAUGCAGUCGCUUCUGACAAAUCAUGUCGUCUUCCCUGCAAACACACACACACACACACACACACACACACACACACACACACACACACACACACACACACACACACACACACACACACACACACACACACACACUCUGGUGAGUUUUCUCUCAGCAGUCGCCCCCUUUAAAAACUCACUCUGCCUUUGACCUCACGUAGUGCCUUGCAGGACAUGGAGGAAAUCAGUCUUCUGCUAAUGAAGCACCGCUGCGCAGAAACCAGAGACUCUACGACACGCUGACUCUGAAACGUGUGUGUGUGUGUGUGUGUGUGUGUGUGUUUGUGCUGCAAACACACCAGCCGACAAUUAGAAGAGUUACGUUUUGACUUUUCCCAGAAAGUUUGAGGCUCUUGAAACAUCCGUGGAUCCCCGACUCUCAAAUGAAAUAUGAUCGAGGCUUUGAUUUUUAGGAUUGUUUUCAUGAAUCUGUAAUCUGGAUUACUUUUCCGUUCCUGAGUGUGUUUCCUGCUUUGUGUUUUAAAAGGGUAAAUGUGGUGUUGUUGGCAGGGGUCCAGAUAUAAUCACAGCUGUCGCGGUCAGUACUGAAACGGUUGCAUAAUUAGGAUUUAUUUUAAAUAAAGAAGUUCAAUACAACCCUGAUCAGUGGGAAAAGGUCAAUGAGUAGGAUUAGGAUUCACAAAAUGAAAAGGAUUGUUCCAGAGAGUUGGGGCGCGACGACGGCGUGUUAAAGUCACUCUAGGUUUCUUAAUUUCUGGCAAAUAUUCUACUUUAUACUCGUUUUUGUAGCCGAUAUUUGUGAGGUUUAAUUCUCUUAAAUCUGAAGUUUAAUUCUCUGAAAAUAUCAACGCUUUUUUACCUGAAAAAAUGGGGAUUUUAACCCUGGAAAUGUUGAAGAAUCCCCCUCUUCCACCUGCUGAAUAUCUCAAAGUAAAAUACAUAUUUACAUUUUCAAUGUGUUGUUUAUUUUUUAUCACAAAAACACAACUUUACAUUUCCAGUUUUUUCUCAUGCGGUUUUUUUUCACUUCAAAAUCAGGGAUGUUUUAAUUUUUGAUUUACAAUUUCAAUAUUACAAAGUAUAUGUUUUUUACUACUUCGCCCCUCCCUCACUUUAGGUAUUCAUGUAAGGUAACUGUGUUUUUUAACCUGAGAGGAGCAAACAGCAAAACCCGAUUUUUCUGGAAAUGUAUAGGACCUAAUGACACGUUUUUAUCUCAGAAAAUAUAUGGAUUAUUUUUCUCUUAAAUGCAUUGCCUCAAUAUGUGUAAAUUGACCUUUUUAAUAGGGCUGUUUUAAAACUUGUAAAAUAAAUAAUAAUAUAAUUAGUUUUGGGGGGAAACGUUUAAUUUUUGUAAUUUUGAGUUUCUCCCAUUUAAUUUAACAUUUAAAUCUCAGAGAAUUCCAAAUUAUGUUGCUGUCAUAUUUCCCUCUGCUUUGUUAAAACUGUGAUAUUUGUUUUACCUACGUUGACCCGACACGCCGCACCUGAUCACAUGCUCUCCUGUUGCGUCACUUCCUGUCCCCGCCCUCAUUCCGCUUCCCACUGAUCAUGUGACCUGUGUCAUGUGACCUCAGUUAGGGAUCAGGCCCUGAAAAAAGUGGCCUAUGGAAAUACUUGUUACUUUAUUUUAUAAGAUUAAUUUACAAACCUUUUUUAAGAUGAAUUCAGAAGUGAAACAAAUAUCAAAUGAAUGUAAAUUAAACAUGGAAUUCUUGUUUUAACAAAGUGAAGCAACAUGAAUAAAUCCAAUAGUAUAAAAUAAGAUUAUCAGAGCGUUACUGUAAUGAAGGUUCAUCCCACAUAUAGUACAAUAUGAAAUUACAGCUCUUAAUUUAGUUUACCUUAAAUCGUGCUGAUACAGUAAAAAGAAAGCAAUAGGUUCUAGCUUUAACAAACUGAGCCUCCCACUCCUGCUCCUAUUGGCUAGCGCUCCAACGUGAUAGGCUAAGGGGCGGGACAUCUCUAAGCUGGUUGACCAAUCACAACAGAGCCGACCAGCUAACCAAUCACAGCACACUGGGCUCUGGUUUCAGACAGAGGGUGAAAAGAGGAGCUGCAGCACAGGCAGGAUGAGAAACAUAAAGAGCUUUCUGAACAUUAGAGCGUGGAGACAUGUUCCAGGAGAGACACUACAUACUGGUCUGAACACCAGCAGUGUCCCAACCAUCAUCAGAGCUCUUUCUCAGUUCCUAGUUUCCAAACGGCGUCAAAUUAAAUUCAGUGUAAUCGGGUCCAACAGGGUCCUGUCACCGAACCGUUUGAAGCGUGAUCCAUGAUCCAAACAUUCCCAGUAACUCCCAGAUUGCACGACAUGUUUAGGAACGUAUUCCCCCCUCACUGGAGAGGUUUAUCUUCAGUGUAAACGAGCACAGAAAUGUCUCCAUAUGCGAACACCUCGGGAGCAGAAAGGGAUUCUCUUCAUGUGUUUGGAUUUCUAGAGAUGUGAUGUCUGUGUUGCUGCAGUAAUGUGAUGAUCCACUAACCAGCUGUCCGUUGAUGUUCUGUGGACUGCACUUAACAAAGGUAGCAUUGACUUUGAUCCAGGAUGAGUCUCUAAUGAAUAAACCGUCACAUCAACAUGA